CUCUCUUUCCCGGAGCUUGGGCGGAGAGGGAGGGAAACUUCUUCCUGGCCUGGGCUCGGGGCCCACUCGGUCCGCCAACCCUCCCAUUCCUCCUCCAACCAGUGCCGAGCCCUUCCCCACCCCUCUCCCCGCAGCCCCCAGUGUCCGCCAUGGCCAAAGCCUACGACCACCUCUUCAAGUUGCUGCUGAUCGGGGACUCGGGGGUGGGCAAAACUUGUCUGAUCAUUCGCUUUGCAGAGGACAACUUCAACAGCACCUACAUCUCCACCAUUGGAAUUGAUUUCAAGAUACGUACUGUGGAUGUGGAGGGGAAGAAGAUCAAACUUCAAGUCUGGGACACAGCUGGCCAGGAGCGAUUCAAGACAAUAACUACUGCCUAUUACCGUGGAGCUAUGGGCAUUAUCCUAGUAUAUGACAUCACAGAUGAGAAAUCCUUUGAGAAUAUCCAGAACUGGAUGAAAAGCAUCAAAGAGAAUGCCUCUGCUGGGGUAGAGCGCCUCCUACUGGGGAACAAGUGUGACAUGGAGGCCAAGAGGAAAGUGCAGAAGGAGCAGGCCAAUAAGUUGGCCCGAGAACAUGGAAUCCGAUUCUUCGAAACAAGUGCCAAAUCUAGCAUGAAUGUGGAUGAGGCUUUUCGUUCCCUGGCCCGGGAUAUCUUGCUUAAGUCAGGAGGCCGGAGAUCGGGAAACAGCAACAAGCCCUCCAACACUGACCUAAAAACCUGUGACAAGAAGAACGCCAGCAAAUGCUCCCUGGGCUGAGGUCUUUUCUUUGCCUCCUACCCUGAGCCUGGAGGCUCAACCUGAGGGAGGCAGGGCUGAGGUGGGGCUGCACAGGACAGAAAUAUUGGUGGAAUUGGAUGGAUAGAGCAGUAGGUGGUGUGGAGAAUGAGAACAAAAAAUGGAAAAAGGGAGAAAAGGAAUGCAGGGGCAGGGAGACAGAGGGGAAAGGAUCAAGAAAGUGAAAGAUGGUAGCGAAGGUAGAAGAAGAAAGAAGAGGGAACAGAGAAAAGAUGGCCCCAAGUCUUAGACCCUUCUUUGGGUUGUUGGCUUUUUUGUUUUGUUUGCAGGUGUCUAACAUUAAUGUAAUAUAUUGAUUUAUUGUGUUACUAGAUUCAGGUGUUAGGUUCCUGAGUCAGGCUGCCAAUCUCAGAAGGUUUGUCACUUUGCAUGGUCUUUCUUAGUAUUAAAGACCACUAUUUGCACAAAUGACCUGUGUGGAUAACUUUCAUUAUUGUCAGAAUUGUUCUACAUUCAGAACAAUUCUUGUUACUUCAAAGUGGCUGGUCCACUAAGUCUGGCAAGCGAGGAGCAGGAGGCACUUGAGGACACAUGGCCCGAACAACUGAUUCCCAGAGGACCACGAUGGGCAGACAGACUUGUUCUAAGUGCAGGAUAUUCCAAGGGAGAAAAGUGUAGCCUCAGGUAACAACAGUAGGAUCUAAUAUGGUCUAUCCAAUGAUGUGCGCAGAGUCCAUUGAGUUAUCUGUAGGUACCACUGUUACU